AUGAACAUGGGGGACAUGAAGGCCCCAGACUUCGAUGACCUCUUGGCAGCAUUUGACAUCCCAGAGAUGGUGGACCCUAAAGCAGCUAUCGAGCCUGGGCACGACGGCGAGAGCCACAUGAAGCAGAACGCGCACGGAGACCACGACUCCCACACGCCGUCCUCCGACGUGAGCGUCAGCGCCACCCUGAAGAACGUCCGCAACAUGGAUUGCUCCGAGGGCGGGAAGGACGGCCGCAACGCCACCGGCAACGGCCUGCACAACGGGUUCCUCACGGCGUCCUCCCCGGACAGCCACGGCAAAGACGGGGGGCGAAGCCCUAGAAGGGAGGCGCGCCUCCGAGGCGGCUCCGAAAGACGGGCGUUCAGCCAGUUCAGCCCCAUCUCCGGUGCCAAAGAGGAGGAGAUGGAGGUGGACGACCCGACAAGGAGGACGUGCGCCGAGCUUCAGGUCCAAUGUGCUGCCGGGUGGGCUCCCCAGCAGGACUACGAUAAGGAAGUCCCCGGAGGGGAGAACUCCAGCAGGACCGGAACCUCCGCAUCUGGCAAUACAAAAGUCAAGAGAGAAACACUCAAGAGAGAAAUAGAACCAAAUUCUAUAAACCUGAGUGUUUAUGAACCCUUUAAAGUCAAAAAAGCGGAGGAUAAAUCGAAGGAAAACUCCGAAAAGGGGGUUGGCAGGGUCCUGACGGGAAGCUGGCUCAGAGAGGCGACAGCGCGCCCGCCGGGUGGCGCCCUCGAGGGGAAGUCGUCCUGCAAGCUCUCGUCCCGCCUCGCGACCGCGGCGCUCAGCGCUAGGAAGGCGGCUGCGGACUCCUGCGAAGAGCCGGUGGCCCCUUCGGGGGAAUCCUCUCCGUUACCGAAAGAAGUGAACGAAAGCCCGAAGGCCACCGACAAGUCUCCCGAGUCCCAGAACCUCAUCGACGGGACAAAGAAACCCUCCCCAAAGCCACCGGACAGUCCCAGGAGCGUCUCAAGCGAGAACAGCAGCAAGGUCCCGUCCUCUCCUGCAGGAUCCACACCAGCGAUUCCCAACGUCCACAAAACCAUCAAGACGUCUUCUGGGGAAAUCAAGAGAACAGUGACCAGGGUAUUGCCAGAAGCGGACCUUGACUCUGGGAAGAAGCCUUCCGAGCAGACGCCGUCCGUCAUGGCCUCUGUGACGUCCCUGCUGUCGUCUACAGCGACCGCCGCCGUCCUCUCCUCUCCCCCCAGGGCGCCUCUGCAGUCGGCAGUUGUGGCCAGCGCGGUCUCCCCCGUGGAGCUGACCCCGAAGCAGGUCACUAUCAAGCCCGUGGCUACCGCUUUCCUCCCAGUGUCCGCUGUCAAGACGGCAGGAUCCCAAGUCAUUAAUUUGAAGCUCGCUAACAACACGACAGUGAAAGCCACGGUCAUAUCUGCUGCCACGGUUCAGAGUGCCAGCAGCGCCAUCAUUAAAGCCGCCAACGCCAUCCAGCAGCAGACUGUGGUGGUGCCGGCGUCCAGCCUGGCCAAUGCCAAACUCGUGCCAAAGACUGUGCACCUUGCCAACCUUAACCUUCUGCCUCAGGGUGCCCAGGCCACCUCUGAACUCCGCCAAGUGCUAACCAAACCUCAGCAACAAAUAAAGCAGGCAAUAAUCAAUGCAGCCGCCUCGCAACCGCCCAAAAAGGUGUCUCGAGUCCAGGUGGUGUCGUCCUUGCAGAGUUCGGUGGUGGAAGCUUUCAACAAGGUGCUGAGCAGUGUCAAUCCAGUCCCAGUUUACAUCCCAAACCUCAGUCCUCCCGCCAAUGCAGGGAUCACGUUACCGACGAGUGGGAUCACGUUACCGACGCGUGGGUACAAGUGCUUGGAGUGCGGGGACUCCUUUGCGCUUGAAAAGAGCCUGACCCAGCACUACGACAGACGUAGUGUGCACAUCGAAGUAACGUGCAACCAUUGUACAAAGAACCUCGUUUUUUACAACAAAUGCAGCUUCCUUCCCCAUGCCUGUGGGCAUAAGGAAAAAGGGGUGGUGAUGCAAUGCUCCCACUUAAUUUUAAAGCCAGUCCCAGCAGAUCAAAUGAUAGUUUCUCCAUCAAGCAAUACUUCAGCUUCAUCUUCCACUCUGCAGAGCUCUGGGGGAGCCGGCACACACACUGUAACAAAAAUUCAGUCUGGCAUAACGGGGACGGUCAUAUCGGCUCCUUCCAGCACUCCCGUCACCCCAGCCAUGCCCCUGGAUGAAGACCCCUCCAAACUCUGUAGACACAGCCUAAAAUGCUUGGAGUGUAACGAAGUCUUCCAGGAUGAGACGUCACUGGCUACACAUUUCCAGCACGCUGCAGAUACGAGUGGACAAAAGACUUGCACUAUCUGCCAGAUGCUGCUUCCUAACCAGUGCAGUUAUGCGUCACACCAGAGAAUCCAUCAGCACAAAUCUCCCUACACCUGCCCUAAGUGUGGGGCCAUCUGCAGGUCGGUGCACUUCCAGUCCCAUGUCACCAAGAACUGUCUGCACUACACUCGGAGAGCUGGUUUUCGAUGUGUGUAUUGCAAUGUUGUAUACUCUGAUGCAGCUGCGCUGAAGUCUCACACUCAGGGUUCCCACUGUGAAGUCUUCUACAAGUGUUCUGUUUGUCCAAUGGCGUUUAAGUCUGCCCCAAGUACACAUUCCCAUGCCUACAUACAGCAUCCUGGCAUCAAGAUAGGAGAACCGAAAUUAAUCCUCAACAUGAAACACAUCCCAAAUCAGGGGUCCCAUAUGCAACUUGGUAUCUUGACUCUGAUGAUGGGGAUUAGUGAAUUUCAGGGUCCUCAGUUUUCAUGACAAGUAAGACUUCUGGGCACUGAUGCAGCCUCCCCCCUCCAGUCAAUGUAGUUUUUGUAUGGUUCAUUUAUUCAAAUAAAUGAAGUUUAAUUGUAAAAAAAAAAAAAAAGAACUGAAAGCAGCGUCCUGAAGAGAUGCUCACUGUGGUGUGGUCACAGCAGCACAAUUCACAGGUGCUAAUAAGUGGAAGAAAUCCAGAUGUCUAUCAACAAAUGAAUGGAUAAACAAAAUGUGGUAUACAUAUACAACAGAAUAUUGUUCAGCCUAAAAAAAUGAAGGAAAUUCUGACACAUGCUAUAACAUGCAUGAACUCUGAGGGCACUGUGCUGAGUGAACUAAGUUAGUCACAAAGACAAAAACUCUAUGAUUCCACUCACGUGAAUAUCUAAAAUAAUCAAAUUCAUAGAAACAGAAACUAGAAUGGUGGUUGCCAGAGUUGUAAGAGGAGGAAAUGAG